GUAAAAAAAUGACCAACCAAUAUGUAAGCGGCAGAGGUCUGCUUUUCGAGUUCUUUGCUUGUUCAACUUAGCUGAAUAUAAAUCAGGAGCUAGCACGCUGAAUGAGUACUUUGAAUUUUAAAAAGACUCUGCUUGAAAACUUCACUACAAAUAGUCCUUUUUUUUCCACACUUGACAUCAGUGCAGUCUUGCGGUGCUACUGCUGUCAUUCGGAAAUGAAUUUGGAGAGACAGCGGAGAACAAAUGUGUUGGAAGAGGCUUUGUGUGUGUGGCGUGAAUCACGAUUGGUGGUGCUUCCCUGGUUGACACACAGGUAUAUAUCACUGAGGCCUUUGCCUGUCCACUAAUCCUCCCCCAUUCCCCCGCCUCCCGUGUCUCUUUCUCCAGAGCCCAAGUAUAAUAUCUAGUUUGUCUCAGACACAUUCAUCUGCCCUCGCGGUGGCUUCUUCUUACAGAUUAACACCUGAUGGAGGCUGCUAGCUGCUGCCUCUCUCUGUGAUCACUUAACUUUUAACUUGGACCGGACGUGCUCGGUAACGGCGUUGACUUUGAGACCAAUGUGGUCAUUGCGUGUGGUGCUUAAGAGCGACGGUGACCGGGAGAGGCAAAACGAUUUGUUCGUGAUGAUCCAGUGGUGAAGGUCAGCUGUGGUGACUGCGGUUUGUCCAGGAGAUGCAUGACGGAGCGCUGCUAUGUUUCUUUACAAAGCCCUUAAACACAGAGAUGAAGAGGAGGACGUCCAGUCCCAGAAACCCUGGAUAGAAAGCACGUUCACCAAAAGGGAAUGUGUGUACAUACUUCCAGUGUCAAAGGACCCCCACAGUUGCCUUCCAGGAUGCCAGAUCUGCCGACAGCUCGUCCGGUGCUGCUGUGGGCGAUUGAUUCGCCAGCACGCUGGCUUCUCGGCCAGCUUGGCCACAAAGUACUCGGAUGUGAAGCUGGGUGAAAAUUCCAACCUCUCCUUGCCCGAGCUGGAGGAGUGGUCGGUGGAAAAACACACAGAGGGGAGCCCCACCGACGCCUAUGGUGUCAUCAACUUCCAGGGAGGUUCCCAUUCGUACAGAGCCAAGUAUGUGCGUUUGUCUCAUGACUCGCGACCCGAGAGCAUCCUGCGGCUGAUGCUGAAGGAGUGGCAUAUGGAGCUUCCAAAGAUCCUCAUCUCUGUCCACGGCGGUGUCCAGAACUUUGAAAUGCACCCACGUAUCAAGCAGGUGGUGGGAAAGGGCCUCAUCAAAGCUGCCGUCACCACGGGCGCUUGGAUUCUCACAGGAGGGGUUAACACAGGUGUGGCAAAACAUGUUGGUGAUGCGCUCAAAGAGCACUGUUCACGAUCAUCCAAGAAAAUUUGCACUAUUGGGAUUGCACCUUGGGGAGUCAUUGAAAACAGGAACGAUCUCAUCGGCAGAGACAUAAUUGCUCCUUAUCAAACACUUCUGAACCCGCUCAGCAAGCUAAACGUUCUCAACAAUCUCCAUUCACAUUUCCUGCUGGUGGACGACGGCACGGUUGGGAGGUACGGCGCAGAGGUCCAGCUGCGGCGCGACCUUGAGAAACACAUCAACCUCCAAAGAAUACACGCACGCAUCGGCCAGGGGGUCCCUGUGGUGGCUCUGAUCUUUGAGGGCGGUCCAAAUGUGAUUUUGACCGUCCUUGAUUAUCUUCAGGAGAGCCCACCUGUCCCAGUGGUUGUGUGCGAGGGGACGGGCCGAGCUGCAGACAUUUUGGCCUACAUCCACAAGCAGACGGAGGAAGGAGGUCGCCUUCCAGAUGGAGUGGAAGCUGACAUCAUUGCAACCAUUAAGAAAACCUUCAACUUCAGCCAGAGUGAAGCCAUCCACCUUUUCCAGACGCUCAUGGAGUGCAUGAAGAGCAAAGAACUGAUUACCGUGUUUCACAUCAGCUCCGACGACCACCAGGACAUCGAUGUCGCCAUUCUCAAGGCUUUACUCCAAGGCACAAAUGCAUCUGCCUUUGAUCAGCUGGUUCUGACUCUGGCCUGGGACAGAGUGGACAUCGCCAAGAAUCACGUCUUUGUUUACGGCCAGCAACUCCUGGUGAGCUCUUUGGAACAAGCCAUGCUCGACGCCCUGGUGAUGGACAGGGUAGACUUUGUGAAGUUGCUCAUCGAAAACGGUGUCAGCAUGCACCGCUUCCUGACAAUCAACAGGCUGGAAGAGCUCUACAACACGAAACAACCUCCAAACAAUCCGACCCUCUUGCACUUGGUUAGAGAUGUCAAACAGAGCCAUCUCCCUCCGAACUACAAAAUCACUCUGAUCGACGUGGGUCUGGUGAUCGAGUUCCUGAUGGGCGGGACUUACAGGUGCAACUACACCAGGAAGCGCUUCAGAAUCAUUUACAAUAAUCUCCAUCGGAAUAGCAGGAGGUCUGGUCGGCACACGACGGGCUCGCACCAGAGAUCCAGAAAUCACGAGUCGUUCAGCAUGCAGGCAGACAAGAAGGAGAAGACGAGACACAAUCUCUUCAUAAAGACGGCUCAGCCCUACAAACCAAAGCUGGAGACCACCACGGAGCAGAGUAAGAAGAGGAGCAAGGAAGAGAUCGUGGAUAUAGACGACCCAGAGACAAGGAGGUUUCCCUACCCCUUUAAUGAGCUGCUGGUUUGGGCAGUUCUCAUGAAGAGGCAGAAAAUGUCUCUGUUCUUCUGGCAACACGGGGAGGAAAACAUGGCCAAGGCUCUGGUUGCCUGUAAGCUCUGUCGGUCCAUGGGCUACGAGGCAAAGAAAAGUGAUGUGGUGGACGACACUUCAGAGGAGCUCAAGGAGUACUCAAAUGAGUUCGGGACUCUGGCAGUGGACCUUCUGGAGCAGUCGUUCAGGCAGGACGAGACCAUGUCGAUGAAGCUGCUGACCUACGAGCUGAAAAACUGGAGCAACAUGACGUGUCUGAAGCUGGCUGUGUCAUCACACCUGCGGCCCUUUGUGGCCCACACCUGCACCCAGAUGUUGCUGUCAGACAUGUGGAUGGGACGGCUGAACAUGCGCAAGAACUCCUGGUACAAGGUGAUUCUGAGUAUGUUGGUGCCGCCGGCCAUUUUGCUCUUGGAGUACAAAUCCAAGGCAGAGAUGGCUCACAUCCCUCAGAGCCAGGACGACCACCAGAUUACCAUGGAGGACAGCGAGAACAACUUCCCGAACGUUGCUGAAGACAUCCCGAUGGAUGUGUUCAAGGAGACCCGAUCCCACGACCUCGGGGAGGCCAAGUCUGACACAGAGACACACAUUCGCUCCAGGAAGCUGCCGCUGACCAGGAAGAUAUAUGCCUUCUACCAUGCUCCCAUUGUCAAGUUCUGGUCCAACACGCUUUUCUACCUGUGUUUCCUGAUGAUCUACUCGUAUGUGGUGCUGGUGAGAAUGCAGAUUCAGCCUUCUCCCCAAGAGUGGAUCGUCAUCCUCUACAUCUUCACCUCCGCCAUAGAGAAGAUUCGAGAGAUGUUUAUGUCUGAAGCGGGAAAAAUCAGCCAGAAGAUCAAAGUGUGGUUCAGCGAGUACUUCAACGUGUCCGACUUUCUGGCCAUCGUGACGUUUUUUAUCGGCUUUGGUUUGAGGUUGGCGGGAGGGGACGUUUUUGUCCCAGGCAGGACCGUUUACUGUCUGAACAUCAUCUUCUGGUACGUGCGACUCAUGGAUAUCUUGGCUGUGAACCAGCAAGCCGGACCCUACGUCAUGAUGAUCGCGAAAAUGGUGGCCAACAUGUUCUACAUUGUCGUGAUCAUGGCCAUCGUGCUGCUGAGCUACGGCGUUCCCCGGAAAGCUAUUCUCUACCCGUCUGAAGACCCGAGCUGGACGCUGGCCAAGGACGUGCUGUUCCAGCCGUACUGGAUGAUGUACGGCGAGGUGUAUGCCUAUGAAAUCGAUGUGUGUGCCAACAACAGUGAAGUGAAGACCCUGUGUGCGCCUGGCGUCUGGCUGACCCCUCUGCUCCAAGCUGUCUACCUCUUUGUACAGUACAUACUCAUGGUCAACCUCCUCAUCGCCUUUUUUAACAAUGUGUAUAUUCAAGUGAAGUCAAUUUCCAAUCUGGUGUGGAAGUACCAGCGCUAUCAUUUCAUCAUGGCCUAUCAUGAGAAGCCUGUCCUGCCGCCGCCCUUCAUCCUGCUGUGCCACAUCUACUCGCUCUUCUGCAUGUGCAGGAAGAGGAAGAAGGAGAACACCUACGGACCAAAGCUGUUUCUCACGGAAGAAGACCAGAAGAAGCUGCAUGACUUUGAAGAGCAAUGUGUGGAGACGUACUUCCAUGAAAAGGAUGAUCAGUUUCAUUCGGGCAGUGACGAGCGCAUUCGGCUAACCUCGGAAAGGGUGGAGACCAUGUGCAUGCAGCUGAAGGAAGUGGGCAACACGGUGAACGUCAUCAAAAGGUCCUGGCUCACGCUGGACUCGCAGAUCGGUCACCUGCAGGACCUCUCCGCCCUGAUCGUGGACACGCUGAAGACCCUGACGGCGCAGAGGGCGUCCGAGGCCAGCAAGGUCCACAACCAGAUCACCUGGGAGCUCAGCCUCUCCAAAAACGUGGUCCCCAGCGUCGGGCCUGUGCCGGCCGACACCGGUCCCCUCUCCAAGUCCUCUGCGGUCGGAAAACCUCAGGCUGGACUCAACAUAGCAGAUUCUCUUUUCGGGGCUGGAGCAGAGACUGACAGGAGCCAGAAGCCUGUGCACAGCCUGGGGAGAGGGCAGGUGCUGGACCUCAAGGUGAAUCCAGAGCGAGGGGGGGUGUUUGGCCUCAGACCCUCGACCAUUGAGGCUGGCUCCUCGGGCAGUGCCGGCUCUAGUGCCUUCGUCCAAAGUGCUGUGGCCACUUCCCCUCCAGAGCUGCGUGCACGAGGCCACUCUCUCACUCGGAAUAAGCUGACCCGUCCACAAGAGCCCAUUUAUUCGGACUCACCGUCGAGCCUCCCCAACGUCCCCUACCCCGGAGCUCAGUUCCACAUCAGCACCCCCUCCCAGCCCAGUGGCUCCAGCCACCCUGAACUGACACUGGCGGGGCCGCACUCUCCGCCGGACUGCACCACGGUAGAGUUUGGGGCCUUCAUCGGACAUAAAGAGAGUUCAGAACUCCAGCACUCGACGCCAAAGGAAAGCUUCACGUCCAGCAAAGAGCAGAGCCCGGUGCUGCGCUCCAGAGCCAGGGCCGAGCAUGAACCUCGCGGUCUGAUCAGAGCCGGCAACUCGUAUGCAGGGUUCACCGAGUUGGACAAGAGUCCGGCCUUCCUUCACCCUCAGUCCACUCUCACCAAGAGGGAGAGGAAUCGAGUCUCAGCCGAGGACAUCCUCAUCCACGAGGACCCCAGGGCUGCAGUGCUGGAAAGAGUCCAGGUCAAGUCAGCUCAAGCCAGCAGCCUUCAACCGCCCGCCGAAGAUACAUUACCUGCUGUCCCCCACUACUCGCCCCGACACACCCACCUGGGGCCCAGGAAGGACUCCAUCGGUUCACCAUUCAAACCCAUGGAGAGCUACCAGUACUCGGCUGUGGAACGAAACAACUUGAUGAGGCUGUCCCAGAGCAUUCCCUUCACUCCAGUGCCACCCAGAGGGGAGCCGGUGACGGUGUACCGGCUGGAGGAGAGCUCCCCCAACACCAUCAACAACAGCAUGUCUUCCUGGGCCCAGCGCGGCCUCUGCGCCAAGAUCGAGUUCCUCAGCAAAGAGGAGAUGGGUGGCGGCUUGCGGCGGGCCCUCAAGGUCCUGUGCACCUGGUCCGAGUACGACAUCCUGAAGCCAGGCCACCUCUACAUCGUCAAGUCCUUCCUCCCCGAGGUGGUCCAGACCUGGCAGAGCAUUUACAAGGACGACACCGUGCUGCACCUUUGUCUCAGGGAAAUUCAGCAGCAGAGAGCCGCGCAGAAGCUGACCUUUGCCUUCAACCAAGUCCGACCCAAGGCCAUCCCGUACUCGCCCAGGUUCCUGGAGGUCUACCUGCUGUACUGCCACUCGGCCGGUCAGUGGUUCGCCAUCGAGGAGUGCAUCACCGGAGAGUUCCGCAAGUUCAACAACAACAACGGCGACGAGAUCGUGCCCACCAACCUGCUGGAGGAGACCAUGCUGGCCUUCAGCCACUGGAGCUACGAGUACACCCGGGGAGAGCUGCUGGUGCUGGACCUGCAGGGUGUCGGAGAAAUCCUCACCGACCCCUCCGUCAUCAAGAGCGGAGAGAAGGGAUCCUACGAUAUGAUUUUCGGGCCGGCCAACCUCGGAGACGACGCCAUCCGAAACUUCCGUUCCAAACAUCACUGCAACUCGUGCUGCAGGAAGCUCAAGCUCCCAGACCUGAAGAGGAACGACUACACGCCGGACAAGUGAAGCCGCCGCCGCCGCUGCGAGUCAGAGCCAAGGAGCCCAUCAACUGGAAGGACGGUCGUCGCCGGAGCAUGCCGACUGUUGCGCAACACCUCUGCUGCGUUUUAAAGUUUUUAAAAGUUUUUAAAUAUGAGCGGAUGAAAU